AUGGCAAGUGGUAGUUCAGGUGCUAUUGAUAGUAGUGGUGGUAGUGAUGGUGAUUGUCGUAGCAGUGAUAAGGUGGCAGUGAAGCCCCUGCAGGCCCUGGAUCUCCUGUUGUCCACAGGCCAGAUCUGGUCUUGGUGUCAAUGGCUGCUGGUAGCUGUGAUAGUGUUGUGUCCCACUGUCUGUGUCCUGAGGCUGCUCUCAGGAUUGAAUGUCUUGCCUUCCCGGUCAUCAUCCACGAGGUCAACAUCCAUCACAUCAGCCCCCAUAAGGUCAUCAUCCACAAGGUCAACAUCCAUCACAUCAGCCCCCAUAAGGUCAUCGUCCACGAGGUCAACAUCCAUCACAUCACCCCCCAUAAGGUCAUCACCUACCAGGUCACCAUCCAUCGCAUCAACAGCAAAUUCAUCCCCUGCCAGUGCAUCUCCAGUCAGAUUAGUUACAUCAUCCCCAGUGCGAUCUGCUGUCAGAUCAACCCCUACAAGGUCAUCUCCAGCCACACGAGCAGCCUCAGAGAGCAGAAGUGUCUCUAUGCCCAAGAUCACCUGGCAGGGGAGCCAGAAGAGACUUAGCCUCAUAGGCUGUAUCCUGCUACUCAUCGCCUUGGUCGUCGCACUCAUCCUGUUGUUUCAUUUCUGGAAAGGUCACACAACAAUCAAGUACAGGGAGCCCAUUGAGAACUGCCACAAGAAUGCUGUGCGUUGUGAUGGAGUUGUGGACUGCAAGCUUAAGAGUGAUGAGCUGGGUUGUGUGAGGUUUGAUUGGGACAAGUCUCUGCUUAGAGUCUAUUCUGGAGUGCACCGUCAGUGGUUGCCUGUCUGCAGUGCUGGCUGGAAUAACUCCUACUCUGAGAAGAUCUGCCAACAACUUGGCUUUCAGAGUGCUCACCACACAGGUGAAAUCACUCUCCAAGAAUACACCAGUAGCUACAUCGUGUCUGAGUACAACAAUACCAUCCAGGAGAGCAUCAAUAGGUCUGACUGCCCUUCCCAUCAGUUCAUCUCUCUUCACUGCACCCGCUGUGGUAUGAGAGCCCCACAUGGGCGGAUUGUGGGUGGGGCUCUGGCCCCUGAGAACAAGUGGCCCUGGCAAGUUAGUCUACACUUCGGUGUAACCCACAUCUGUGGGGGGACCCUCAUUGAUGCCCAGUGGGUGCUCACAGCUGCCCAUUGCUUCUUUGUGACCCGAGAAAAGAUCCUGGAGGGCUGGAAAGUGUAUGCUGGGACGACUAACCUGCAGCACUUGCCUGAAGCAGCCUCAGUCUCCCAGAUUAUCAUCAAUUCCAACUACUCUGAUGAGGAGGAUGACUAUGACAUUGCCCUUGUAAGGCUUGACAAGCCCCUGACCCUUUCCGCUAGCAUCCAUCCCGCCUGCCUCCCCAUGCAUGGGCAGACCUUCAGUCUCAAUGAGACCUGCUGGAUCACUGGCUUUGGCAAGACAAAGGAAACAGAUGAUAAGACGUCCCCUUUCUUGCGGGAGGUUCAGGUCAAUCUCAUUGACUUUAAGAAAUGCAACGACUAUAUGGUCUACGACAAUUAUCUGACUCCACGAAUGAUGUGUGCCGGGGACCUUCGAGGAGGGAGAGACUCCUGCCAGGGGGACAGUGGGGGGCCACUGGUGUGUGAGAAGAACAACCGAUGGUACCUUGCAGGCGUCACCAGCUGGGGCACAGGCUGUGGCCAGAGGAACAAACCUGGUGUAUACACCAAAGUGACAGAAGUCCUUCAUUGGAUUUACAGCAAAAUGGAGGUAAGAGAACUAGGGCUUUCUGGAGACAGGGUGAGGUGUGGGGCCAGAAGUCCUAAGCAACUGGCAGGGCAAGCCAGACCAUCUCACAGCCUUGACUGUGAAGGCUCCACCUGUGAUUGA